AUGGCCUCUGCAAAGGUUAAAGCCCAGACUAUUAUUGAUGAAAAUGGCGCCGUGGUUUUCAGCAAGAGCUACUGUCCGUACUGCAAGGCCAGCAAGAGCCUUCUCAGCGAGCUAGGCGCAAAUUUCAAGGUCCUCGAGCUCGAUCAGAUCGACGACGGCGCUGCCCUCCAAGACGCUCUCCAGGAAAUCUCUGGCCAACGCACCGUGCCGAACAUCUACAUCAACCACAAGCACAUUGGCGGAAACUCGGACUUGCAGGCAAAGAAGGCUGAACUUCCUCAGUUGUUGAAGGAGGCUGGUGCUCUCUAA